AUGCUCAUUGUUUACAAACAAAGAGACUUGCAAACUGAAAAUCGAUUUCUGAUUUUAGAUGAAUCGAUUGGUUACAAAGACAAAUAUGGAUAUUUUUUCUUGUUGAAUCUAUUUGGUCAUUUUAGAUAUCAAUUCAGGUACAUUUUAACUUUACUGGUAGUUUCCGGUUUACAUAUUCACAAAGUUGAACGAAUACAAAAGCAAAGUCAUCGUACAUUUUUUUCUAAAUUUAUUUUCUUCGUGUGUCUAUCGACAAUGCUCGAAUUAACGACUUUGAUGAUCUUUACAUGGCUGACACUUCGCGUUCGCUAUUUCCAUAAUUACUUCAAAGACUUUGUUUUGUUCGAUAUCGAUAUCAAUAACAACGUUAUCAUUCGUUGGAUAUGUUCAUUCGUCAUGACAAACGAUCCGUCAACAAAUCAAAAACCGAAUCGACAACCGUCAACAACAUCGAUGAUGGAUAAUCUGAUAAAUAUCGCGAAAUCGAAGUUCAAUCUUUGUCCAGCGAACGAUCCAAUACAGACGAAUAAUUUGAUGCAGUUCAUUGAAAGCAUACCAUUGGAAUCGUCAGAAAAGCCACAUCCACGGUCAGGUCAUCGAGCUGUUGCUACUGAAUCUGAUCUGUGGAUAUGGGGCGGUUACUAUCCAUCUGGUGGCGAAGACGAACCAGAAAGAAUGUUUCAAGAACUUUGGCGUUAUAAUUUUGCUCUCCGUCAAUGGACACUCGAGCAAACAACAGGCGAUGGACCCAUUUUAACUCUAGCUUCUCAUUCAAUGUGUCUAUAUCGAAAUUUACUACUUGUAUUUGGUGGCACAGGUCUUCCCUUUGGUUUUCACGUCUCCAAUGACUUAUUUGUACUUGAUUUGAAAAGACUUCAUUGGAAACGAUAUCGUACACGUGACGAACAACCGCAACAAGUCUACGGAGCGAGUAUGAUUUUGAACGAGGAUCAUUUAUAUAUCUUAUGCGGUACAAACAGUUGGAUUUAUAACUCUGAUGUAUAUGAUAUUGAUCUCCCUAAUCUGAAGUGUCAACAGAUAGGAAGUACAUUUGAUGAAAUAGAAGAUCCAAGUGAAACUGGAAGAUAUCGACAAGAAGCAUAUUUACAUCAAAAUAAGAUCUACUUAUUCGGUGGUGGAGGAGUUUCGGGCAUUUCAUUUUCACUUAAACAUUUACCGGUAUUUGACCUCGCUACUCAAUCAUGGUCAUUUGUUCACACAAAUCCUGAUCCUAUCUAUAAUUUUCCAACUCCGAGAAAGUUUCAUUCAAUAUUUCCUUUUCAUAAUAAUCAAGUCAUUAUGUUUGGUGGUGCACAAUUCAAUCGCUUCAACAAUCGUCAUGUUGUUGUAAACGAUCGUAUUUGGGUAUUCAACUUCGAGAAAUUGGAAUGGUCAAUAUUACCAUCGUUGACAAUCCCAAGACCUACCUAUUUUCAUGCUGCUGCAAUGAAUGAACGUGGCGAAGUUUGGAUCCAUGGCGGUGUUGUUGUCGAACCAAGAUCAACGGAUACAAAUAUGAAUCGCAGUGAAAUGCGUGUUACAACAUUGUACAUGAUGCAUACUCGAGUGCCUAAUUUAAGUGAAUUAACUUGGGAUUAUUUUUUAAAUUCCCUACCGGAUCGAACUCGUCUUGUUCGACAACCUGAACUUAUGACAGAACUUCAUAUACCACGGCGAUUUAUCGAGCGUAUACAUUAG